AUUGUUCUAACUUCAGAGACAAAAACAUAUCAUCCUGAUCAGACAAAUGGGAAUUUAAACAAAUGAAAUGGAACCAUCGAAGAGCUGUGAUGUCACUAGAGGGCAUGAACACUACCUUUCUCAUUUAUUAUUACUUGAACAAGCUUCGCCCAUCGCAUUGAAUGCCAUAAUUAAAAGGGAAGAGACAAAAUGUGGAAAAAAUAUUGGUAUUGUGCUAAAUGAGAAUAGAGAUGCGUUUAAAAUCCAGUACGAAACAGAGUUUCUUCAAUUAAUUCAAGAAGAUGAUGUCAAUGACGACAUUGAUACGUGGGACACACUUCAAUUAUGUGCUGUGACAUUAGUUUUGUUUAAAUCUGAUCUAACUGAACCAGAAGUUAAAGCCAUUCAAUGUAUAUAUGAUCAGAGGAAAGAUAUUGAGCAAUACACCGAACGUGCCUCCCUAACAUUCAAUACAUACAACGAGAAACAACAUUUAUUGCACGAUCAAUUGCUCGAGUUGAUAACGCUCAUAGACGACAAAGCUAAUCUUGAGUGUAAACGUAUGAUGUUUUCAUUUGAAUCAAAAUCAAUGAAAUUAAGCGAAACACAGAUAGACCAACUAACACAGACAAAUGAUAUCAAAACUCAUAUCAAAAUUGCAAUUGAUGUAGAUAUCAUUGGCGAAGUGAACCACCAAAAGUUCCAGUCCAAUGGUAGGUAUUUGUGUUACAGUAUGAAUUUAAUUUUAUUCAUAUGGCUAUCUUGUAUCCAAAUACAUUACUUCAUGAACAUGUUU